AUGACUGAUCUCCAACAAUCAGAUCCAUCUAUCUAUGUAUCAGUCCGGCUCUGGAUUGGUUGGGGUCGGCCAUUAGUUGCCCUUUGUUGGCCCAGAGCGGGUUUUCGGUCUGGAGCCGGCACAGGGAGGAAAGCGGCCUUCGUGGAUCAUAAUCAUCGUCAGGAAGCAGCAGCAACGGUCCCUGAGCGGCCUGGAGCAGACAUGAGCGGCGGGGUGUACGGUGGAGAUGAGGUCGGUGCCCUUGUGUUUGACAUUGGGUCGUACACAGUCAGGGCUGGCUAUGCUGGAGAAGAUUGUCCAAAGGCAGACUUUCCAACGGCAAUUGGCAUUCUCUUGGAGAGGGAUGAUGGAAGCGCGCCUAUGGAAAUAGAAGGAGACAAAGGAAAGUCAAGUGGCACAACUUAUUUCAUUGACACAAACUCUUUGCGUGUUCCAAGGGAAAAUAUGGAAGUUAUCUCUCCUUUGAAGAAUGGAAUGAUUGAAGACUGGGACAGUUUUCAAGCAAUUCUAGAUCACACAUAUAAGAAUCACAUAAAAUCUGAAGCUAGUCUACAUCCUGUUUUGAUGUCGGAAGCCCCAUUUUAA